UUGUGAAAAAUUUUAAGCGUAUACAUACGUAUACUUGAUAUACAUACUUGAUAUAUACGCUUACGUUAUGAACGUUACGCUACGCGAAUGUGCGCAUUUGGUUAUUUAUUGUUUUUUGCUUUAUUGCUAACAACAAUUCUGGUGCUCUCCAUUAUAUUUGCCACGAACUCCAAGCGUUCGAUGAUGGAUAGUUUUAUACUUGUUUUCAAUUAUACACAAGCUGAACAGCAACAACAACAAAAGCUACUGCUACUGCAGCCAGAAGAAGAAUAAAAACAACAACAACAACAGCUACAACUUUUUAAGUUUUCAAAUUUCAAAUCCU